CCCCCCUCAGCACCACCACCUCUCACUAUCAUCAGCAACAGCCCCCACCCCCUGACCCUCCACACUCACUCACUCACUCACACACACACAGACACCCACACCCUCCCUCCCUCUAAUUGAGAUGCUACUCUCCAAAAAGAUCGGAUCGUUUGCUCACAUUUGCAGCCCCACCAGCAUGGACCUGCCCGUUAAAAUCCAGUUACAGCAAGUGAAGGAACGAGAGCCCUUUGAGAAAGCCUAUCAGGUCGGGGCAGUCCUGGGCAGUGGUGGCUUCGGCACAGUGUACAGCGGUGUGCGGCUCAGCGACGGGCUCCCGGUCGCUGUUAAACAUGUUGCAAGAGAGCGAGUGACCGAGUGGGGCUCACUGAACGGCAGUCUGGUGCCUCUGGAGAUUGUGCUGCUGAAGAAAGUAGCCAGUGGUUUCCGAGGGGUCAUCAAGAUGCUGGAUUGGUACGAGCGAGCCGAUGGUUUCCUGCUGAUCAUGGAGAGGCCGGAGCUGGUCAAGGACCUGUUCGACUUCAUCACGGAGAAGGGGGCUCUGGAGGAGGAGUUGGCCCGAGCCUUCUUCAGGCAGGUGCUGGAGGCGGUCAGACAUUGCUACAGCAGCGGUGUGGUCCACAGGGACAUCAAAGAUGAGAACCUACUGGUGGAUCUGCGCUCCGGGGAACUCAAACUCAUCGACUUCGGCUCCGGGGCUCUACUCAAGGACACCGUCUACACCGACUUCGAUGGCACAAGAGUGUACAGCCCUCCAGAAUGGAUCCGUUACCAUAGAUACCACGGGAGAUCCGCAACGGUGUGGUCCCUGGGAGUGCUGCUGUACGACAUGGUGUGUGGGGAUAUUCCCUUUGAACAGGAUGACGAAAUCUUACGUGGCCAAGCCUAUUUCAGGAGGCGAAUUUCUUCCGAAUGUCAACAUUUGAUCAAGUGGUGCCUUGCAUUGAGGCCUUCCGAGAGACCCACCCUUGAGCAGAUCUUUGAUCACACUUGGAUGCGAAAGGCCGAAGUGGUUAAAACCGAGGACUGUGAUAUUCGGCUGCUGAGCCUAGGCCACGAGGCGUCGAGUACAAGCUCAAGCAAGGAGAGUCUGUGAAGCGUAGCAAUGCCUUGCAGUGGGAGAGGAGCAACACACUAAAGGACUCUGGUGUUACCACCUAUUGACUUUUGGAAGAGGGUGAAAGUUGACAACAGUUGACAUGCAAUCCUCUUCAGGUGGUGGGUGGGAGGGGGAAAUCUGGCUUUCACUGCUGGUUACUGCUCUGAACUAAAUUUUGUUUUCUUUGGGGAACAUUGCAGUUUGAGAGAAGCAGACCAGUACUUAGCAAUGACUGACCUUUAUUUUUUAAACACAGAAAAAAAAACGUGACCUUCAAACAAUGAAACCUCUGCUCUCAUAGAGCCUGGACUAGAUGUUCUUUGCUUUCUGAGUGCCUUUUGAAAGCUGCUUCAAUUCACUGGUGAUGGAAUACUUGAACAUACUUUUGUUCCCCUUUCUAUCUUCUGCUGCUUAGAAUCCUUCAGCCUGCACAGCAAAGGGUGCGUACAGGGAUGUCAAGAACUUUUGUCUGCCAGCAAUGUUGGUUUAUCAUUUUUUUUAAUAAAAAGAUUAUUUUUUCUUCAGUCAUCGCAACCACUAGGCAGAAGCCCCCUUUUCAAGCCCUCUCCCCCCCUACUACCGUUCCAUCAACCUGCGAGUCUUGUUUGUACGUGGCCAAGGCAUGUCGGGGCAUGGUUGUAUGCACAAUCAAUGCAAAUCAAAGACACUUUCAAGACUGUAAAUUGUAUGAAAUGUAAAUUUGGUUGCAUUAUGUAUUAUAACCUUGUUUUUAUUUAUUUGUGUUCUAAAGUUAGACUGUCCACAGUUUUCACAUGUGGCUAUUUAUUUGUUUAAUUUAUUUGUUUUACAUUUUUUUUUCACCCACUGCUGUUGUGCCUCCAUGGAUGACAAUCCAUGGUGUAUUAUUUCAGCAUUCCUAUUUUUUCCCCCCCUCUCUCUCUCCCUUGUUUAACCGUGUGCAGGGUUCAGUGGUUUGUCAAUGCUGGUUGGAAGGCGAGUGAAAGCUCAUCUGUAUAAAAGCUUCCUUUUUAUUUAAAGGGCAAUGGAAUGGGUUUUAUUCCCCCUCCCUCCCCCAUCUCCCCCUCCAUUUCUCUGACUUUGGUGAUGUUCAAAUCAAGGUCCUCCAUGGCUGUUUGUAUUAGAAGUGUAAAGUAAAGCUGUUUUUUUUUGUUUUUUUUGAAAGGUUUUAAAUUAUUGAAGUUGUAUAGUCUCCAUCAUUGGUUUAGGAAAGUUAACAAGUGUCAGUCACAACCUUUUUUUAAAAGUUUAUUUCAAUAGCUGUGUUUCGUGCACCUGAUCUAGUUGCAUUUAUGCAGUUGGAUUUGGGGAGUUUUUUUUUCCAAAUUAGCCGUGCAAAAUAAAUGAUGGAUGGAGAACAUAUUUUUUUAUACAAGCAUUUCAAUUAAAGUUCAUGUUUUGUAUAUAAA